UCGCAGGCUGGGCGCCCCCUGCGGGAGGCGAGUGCGCGUGGAAAGGCCGCGCGCCGGAAAAUGAGCUCCUCCCCACACUGCCGUGUCCAGAACCUACGUACCUAACAAAAGAAAUUUCGAACCAAAUACUGGAAGAGAUGUCAGAAGAUUCAGAAAAGGAAGAUUAUUCAGACAGAACAAUCAGUGAUGAAGAUGAAUCAGAUGCAGAUACCUUCAUGAAAUUUGUAAGUGAAGAUAUCCACCAGUGUGCACUUUUAACAGCUGACUCUAUUAGUGACCCAUUUUUCCCCCGGACAACACAGAUACUGUUGGAAUAUCAGCUAGGGAGAUGGGUGCCACGUCUUCGUGAACCACGAGAUUUAUAUGGUGUCUCUUCUUCUGGUCCGCUGAGCCCAACACGGUGGCCACACAACUGUGAGGUCAUUGAUGAAAAAGUCCAGCAUAUUGAUUGGACUCCUUUUUAUCCUGAGCCAGUGUACAUCCCAACAGGCCUGGAGACUGAACCAGUUUAUCCAAACUCCAAGGAAGAUACUGUGGUUUAUCUGGCUGAAGAUGCUUACAAAGAGCCUUGUUUUGUGUAUUCCCGAGUUGGGGGCAACCGAACACCCUUGAAGCAGCCUGUGGAUAACUGUGACAAUACUUUGAUGUUUGAAGCAAGGUUUGAGAGUGGUAAUCUACAGAAGGUAGUCAAAGUGGCAGAAUAUAAAUACCAGUUGACGGUGCGCCCUGACCUCUUCACAAAUAAACACACCCAGUGGUACUAUUUCCAAGUCACUAAUACCCAAGCAGGAAUAGUCUACAGAUUCACCAUUAUCAAUUUCACCAAGCCUGCUAGUCUUUACAAUAGGGGUAUGCGUCCACUGUUUUAUUCUGAAAAAGAGGCCAAGUCUCAUAAUAUUGGCUGGAAGAGAAUAGGAGACCAAAUCAAGUAUUAUAGGAACAAUCAGGGGCAAGAUGGGCGCCAUUAUUUCUCUCUGACAUGGACAUUUCAAUUUCCACACAACAAAGAUACCUGCUACUUUGCUCACUGCUAUCCAUACACAUACACCAACCUGCAAGAAUACCUUUCUAGCAUUAAUAAUGACCCAGUACGCUCAAAGUUUUGUAAAAUACGUGUCUUGUGCCACACGAUUGCUAGGAAUAUGGUGUAUGUUUUAACGAUCACUACACCCUUGAAGAACGACUCAAGAAAGCGAAAGGCCGUAAUUUUGACUGCAAGGGUACAUCCAGGAGAAACCAACAGCUCUUGGAUCAUGAAAGGCUUCCUAGAUUAUAUUUUAGGAGACUCAAGUGAUGCGGAGUUGCUUCGGGACACUUUCAUCUUCAAGGUGGUACCCAUGCUGAAUCCAGAUGGUGUGAUUGUGGGAAAUUAUCGGUGUUCCUUAGCUGGACGGGAUUUAAACCGUAACUAUACAUCUGUCCUAAAGGAAUCAUUUCCUUCUGUUUGGCAUACCCGGAACAUGAUCCGUAGAUUGAUGGAGAAACGAGAGGUUAUUUUAUAUUGUGACCUUCAUGGCCAUAGUAGGAAAGAGAACAUCUUCAUGUAUGGCUGUGAUGGUAGGGAUAGAUGUAAGGCAGUAUACUUACAGCAACGAAUCUUUCCACUUAUGCUGAGCAAAAAUUGUCCAGAUAAAUUUUCAUUCUCAGCUUGCAAGUUUAAAGUUCAGAAGAGCAAAGAGGGAACGGGAAGAGUGGUAAUGUGGAAAAUGGGAAUCAGGAACAGCUUUACCAUGGAGGUCACUUUUUGUGGAUCUACUUUGGGUAAUAAACGAGGCACUCAUUUCAACACAACAGACUUGGAGUCAAUGGGAUAUCAUUUUUGUGAUUCUCUCUUGGACUAUUGUGAUCCAGACCAAACCAAGUAUUAUCAGUGCCUGAAAGAAUUAGAAGAAAUGGAAAAACGUAUAAACUUGGAAAAAGUCCUUGAAGAUUCAGAUGCUUCUCUGAAAGAAAUUACAGUGGAGCUAGAGUCUAGCAGCCGAGGCUCUGACAGUUCAGAAUCCAGUGACUCUCAGACUUAUCUUCUCAAGUUAACUUCUCAGAAAAAACAUCUCAAAACAAAGAAGGAAAGAAAUUCUACCAUAGUAAGCCAUCAAAAUACCAGAAAAGAGCAAGAGGUUUGUAAUAAAGGACAUUUAGUGCAAAGACAUAAAGAAUCAAAUUCUGAUGUGAAAGAUACGAGGACAAAUGUAUCAGAUGAUUGUAUAUUUGAAUACUUCAGAAGACAAUUCCCUAAUAAAGCUUUGGAUCUGUGCCACAACUUAAGAAGCAAAAUGAAAGAAUGUACAUCUUUACAAAGAAAAAGGACUGGAGUAAAUUGGACAGAUGAUGAAAAAAGAAUCUACAGGGAUAAAAGAAUAGCUCAAACUCAAGAAAUAUUGCAGUAUUUGCUCCCUAUUGUGGAAAGAACUAAACCCGUGCAAACCACUGAGAUAAAACAGAUAUCCAAUCCAAGAACCAACUUCCAAAUCCAACAUAAACUAAAGCCAGCUACUUACAUAAAUAUAAAGAAAUACAGCACAUCCUGGACACCACCCAGAAAUCCCCCUUUUAUAAGCCAGAGGAAUCUUAUGGUAAGCUCUUCAGAAAGCCUCCAGCCUGUGUCCCAGAGGUCAUUUGAAAGUUUAUCACCUCUCAAAGAGCUCAAGAAAAGGAAAAAACAUCCUCGAAUCAAGGCCACGAAGACUAAAGACAUGAAACCUGUCAGCAGCAAAUGGGAGAUUAUUCCAAGUUUUGAGAAGGAUGCAAAUAUUAUCGAAGACAAGAGUCUUCAAGCUGAAGCAUCCAACCAGCCAAGUUCUAUGCAAAGAGCCCACCAUUUAAGUAAAAAUAAGGAGUAG